UUUAAACGCGUUGCUUAUAUUCAUGAUCGUUGACAGCAGGACCGAGGAUGAUAUUGAUCUGUUCUAGUCCGUGUCCGUGAACAAGAAGAUCUUCAGUAUAAUGAGUACUUCUUUGACAGAUCCGCGGCUGCUUGAUUUUGAGGCAUUGACGCCCUCAGCUGCAGCCGGAGUUGAAAGCGUGCAGAACACCGAAGAAGCACCAAAGGAGAAUUGCAGCAAUGAUUUAUCCACGGUGGACGGAUCUUUUUUGCAUCUCCAAAUUGUGCGUGACGUAUCCCAGACUGGAGGUCCCGAGGCGGAAGCUGCUACCGCAACGAAUGUCUCUAGCGGUGGCGUGUAUGGAAGAUUUUUGCAAUGGAUUUUCCUAGGAAUUAUGAUGCCGGCUGCUUUCGGAGCCGAUGCCAACGAGGAACUUGACAUAGUGCACCAGCAGCGCGUUCACUAUCCGGAUGGCCGACAGACUUACCGCAUCGUGUGGUCAGCCGUCGUUUCUGCCCUAUGCAAGCGGGAGACGAAAAUACGACCAAGUCGUGUAACUGUCGUUGAUCCGGCUUUUGCGGAGUGGCUCCGGAAAGAAGGGCUGUCCGUGCGAGCGCAGUUGCAGACUAAGGUUGAUCUCGUUGCGCGUAACGCUGCAAUUGUACGACAAGAAGAGGCAGACGGUUGUGCAGGAGAAAUAUCGAAGGUAUCGUUGUCAGCCUGGGUUGGUAACACUUUGUCCCGAAUACUCGCGCGGUCAAGGGACAUUAGCGGUACUCUGAUCUUCGCAGAAGAGAACGCAGUAGCAGUUCCUGACCGCCCGACACUAAAACUACAAGACGAUCAGCAUCAUCACAGUCACAGUGGUCGUGGUCUCACCCAAUCAUCUGGUGGUGAAGAUGAUGAAAAUCUACCACAAAAGAAAAACGCUGCUGGUUCUUCAUCGGAGGGCUUCGUUGGAGUUUCUGCCCAAACACGUGCUGCAGGCGAAGGCGUGGCGGGAGUUAGCGAAACCGACGCUCCGCCUACGAUUUUUGCUACUUCUUUAUUUCGAAAGGACAGCCGGGUUGUCAUCCGAGGGUUGCAGUCGGCUGAGGGAAAGCUACUAAAUGGACUCUUGGGAGCAAUUCUCGAGGAUACACCCAACUCCGCAGGCAGGUGGCGUGUGAACAUUUUAUCGACAGUGAACAUGCAGGCUGCAGUGGCUUUGAAGCCUGAGAACUUGUGGAAACCACAAUUUUCACUCGGGGAGCAUGUCGAUGUCCGCCUUCGUCGCAGGGAAGAUUGUCAAGUGACAACUGACACUGGAAGAAGUUGUGCGGUGGACAUCAACAAAUCGGGAGAAGAGCUUGGGCGAGAAGAAAAGCUGGCUUCCGCCAUUGUAAUGGGCUACAGCGUAGUCAUUUCUUCAGCCUGCGGUGCAGGACAAGAGGAAUAUCUCGUAGAAAUUUUACCAAGCGGCGAUGGCGUCGCAACCGGUAGUUCUGAGCAGCCGGAGAUCGCCGGGACAACGACCGCAGCAGCUGCAGUAGUAUCGCCUGGCACGACCGGCACACAACAUCAUCAACAAUCUCGUCCUCGUCCGGAGGUGGACCACGUCGGACGAGACACCACGCGCAUCCUUGGGAAGCCACUGAUUCUGAAACGAGUGAAGGAAAUGGAUUUGCUUCAAUCUGCUACGAGUGGGAAGGUACUUCCUUUUCGGGAGAAAGAACUUCUAUGGAACUACGAUGAAAAUGGAGUGUGUCAGGGAGUGCGGGUGGAAUACCGUGUAUACAUGCCAUUCAAUCCGGCCAUGUGGCUCCUUGUCGUCAAGAAUGUGAGGGGAUCGAGAGAUGGCGCCCUGUAUUGUGACCACAUCACGCCGGAGGGACUCGUUUUUCCGGGAGAGACGAUCGACCAAGCCAUGUUGCGACUGUAUGCACAGAAUCACAUUCCGAUCCGGGGUCGGGACGACGAACAGAGCAUUGCGGAUUUGGUUUCGGGUCGGCACGACAACUCUUACUUGCACCCACCACCGUGCGACGCGGAGUUUGACGACCUGGUCGAAAAUUUUCUAAACAAACCUCUGCCCCGGCCAGGAGAUGUGGAUGAUCAUGAAGAGACGCAAUCUACAACCGAAUCGCCCGAGCAGAGCCAGGCCGCUGCCAAAAACUCUUUCUACCGGAAAAGUCGGGUCAUGAACCGCUUGAGGUAUCUUCUGCAGUCGCGCGAUGAGCUCGACAUGACACAAACAAGACUUCGCCGGCUCGAGCUUGCCCUCACGAAAGAGGAGGAUGGAAUGAUAGACUACCCUGGCGCUUCGCGCAGUGCGAAGCGCACCAUGUGCCCCUGGCGAUCGCAGGCGGUCGAACUUGCUCGCAUCAUAGACGGUCGAGCAGAUAUUUCGUUAGACCAGAAAAUCGGAAGAAGUACAUACUUUUUCGCGCACCCGCUUGCAUGACGGGCCGCUUUCGUUUCGCUUCGGGGGCGGCGGGGUGCCCCGACAGUACACCCGGCCCGAGGACCUCGCUGCGCCAUGCAGCGGCUCGGGGGUUGUGGCUUGCCAAAGAGAGCCGGGGCGGCCUCCCGACCUCGAAGCCCGCCAAGAGCGAGAAACGCCGCCCCACCAAGCGGCCUCCCCGCGGGCCCGUCCCGGUCGGGCCGGUGCGCCGCCGCCAUGUUUUUUGCCGGAAGCGCAUGGGCCUGCUCGCCGUACCGGAGGGGCCGGCCCUCGAAGCAGUAGGGUGGGCGCGCGCCCCUAAGGUGGGGCCUGCUUCGGCCCCAACAACAGCCGCCCCACAAUUGGGGGGCCGGGAAGGGGGGCCCGGAAGGCGCGCGGGCCCCCCUUCUGGAGGGGGGGGUAAAAAGGGGGCCGAAUUGGCCCAAUUCUGCCGCCUUUUUUAGGGGGGGGCAAAAAAUGGCCUUCCCCCGCUACUACAGGGGGGGGGCAAAAUGAGCCAGAAUCGGGCACAUUUUACCCCCCCUCAAAAAGGGAGGCGAAUUGGGCCAAUUCGGGCCCCCUUUUCCCCCCCCUCCGAAAGGGGGAGGCGCGCGCGCCUCUUGGGGGGCCUGCAGUUCACCCGCCGGCCGGGGCCCCGGAAUGAAGGGAAAAGGCGCGCCAGGCCGCAGCCAAAGCAAGAGCUUUUCCGGGCCCGGAAGGGCUUCGCGUUGGGGCCCCGGGAUGCGCGCCGCGUCUGUUGUGUGUCCCCGACGUGGGCCCAGCGUGGGGGCGGGUGGCGAGGUGUUGGCUGUGUGCCGUCGCCUUCCUAUCUACGCCAAGCCGACCCGCCCCGGCCCCGGCCGCGCAGCCGCAAUGCCGGGGGCUAAUUUUUCCGGGAUAAAACAACCCGGAACGCGGUCGCGCCUUCGCACCCCCCAACCUCAUUCAGCCCGCGACCCCCGUUGCAAGGGGAUGCGCAAAAAAACAUGUACUUCUUCCGAUUUUCUGGUCUAAUUUCGGCGGCCGACAAGGAUCACUUUUUUGACAUUUGCGUUCAGGAGUGCCACAAGGACGGCACAUAUCUUGACACAGUUGUUCGCGCUCGUGAGGAACAGGACAAGCACUAUACUAAUGCGGCGCACUUGGCCGUGGGAAUUGGUGCUGUUGUGGUGGACCGCGAAUCAACUCCUUUGGCCCGGCGAGGGAGUCUUGCCCGCGAAGCGCUUCGACUGCGUCCGGACGUAAGCGAUGCGGUGUUUGGUCUGGCAUUGGAACUGCGCGCUCGUGGGCAGUGCGCGCUCGCGCUGGAGUUCGUUGCGCAGGCAAUUCAUGAUCAUCAUGCGCAGAACGCAAAAUACCGCGACGCGAUGCAAGAGCUGUUUGGUGUUGCACUGAGCGCCACAACCACAUUGGAAGGGACUCGUCCGGCCGGGAUGGACCUGGCGAUUUACAGUGCGAUGUGCGAUCCCGCCAAGAUCCAAAGAUUCCCUCAUUUGCGAGUUCGGUUCGACGUAAUGGGCAACCGACCGUAUCUGCGCCAACUGCAGAUGAAGGCCGUCCUUCUUGCGGAUCUGGGGCGAGCGAGGCAAGCACUGCUAGUUGGAAAAGUCAUGCUUGCGAUGGAUCCAGAGGAUCACUGCAACAUGCGGGGUCUCUGCUGCAAUUGGUGCAUUAUCACGAGGGAUUUCGACUACCUGCAACACGCACUCGAAAACAAUCCCGUACCGGAGGUACAAGAGACGAGGGCCGACGUGCGCUUCGCAUGCCUUUGGCUGGGUAUUCAAGACAAUAAUGUGGGGGCGACACCAGCACUGCGUGCUCGCUUCCUAAAGGCUCUCGAGGACCACCCUGUUUGCCCAAGUUUCAUUCUCGCGCGCGCAAGCUGCACAGGCGAAGCCCCUCCUGGUCUCGGCCCCGAGGACUCCGCCGCGCGCGAGGAACUCUCGUAUCACCGAGCGAACUCUGAUGCACUGUUGGAAGCUUUCAGUCGCUCAGACCUAGCGUCUGUGGUAAUGAACAGGGGAAUGGCUCCGAUGCGCAAGGGAGGCGUGUUGGUGCAUGAUGAGGCAAGGCGAUACGCAAGCAACUUUGCGAGGAGUGUAUGGCGCGAUGGCGCGCCGCUGCCUGGCGGCCGCAACGGGUGCGAUUGGUUGCGCGAACAAAUGACAGCGCAUUCGCGGCGACCGACUGAGGCAGAAUUGCGAAGGCUGCUAGGAAGACGUCGGAUACUCUUGAGACUGAAGUCGCCGCACGAAGAUCAAUCUGCGAACUCCACUACAAUGAGCCCGCCGCCGCCCUUCCCGGCUGAUGCCGCCGGGUCGCGGUCUCCUCUACGGCAUGUUCACGCAACUAACCGUAUGCGAAUGGUCGCUUAUCCGAGUCGACCCGAACGACAGGUAUACGUGGAUCGCUUGCGAGAGACUUCAGCUGUGGGCCCUACAGGAGAAGUGGAUACGAGGAUGCUCUUUGUUGUCCACGACGAGCUGCAAGGCGAAUGGACAUCCUUCACAUACGACGACGUGGUCGACGCUCCACUAAUAAACUUGCUGCUGCAGUGCCCGGCGCCUCGCGACUUUGCGUCGCCGUCCGAGGAUCAGGCAUUGGCACGCAUAAAUGCCGAGGCAGCGCAGCGGGAGCAAGAACGGGCACGAACACGGGCGCAAAACGAAGACGCGGCGCAGGAGCGUGCUCGCUUUGAGGAGGAGGUGAGGACGCAAUAUUUAGUCCGAUAUCGUGACGCUAAGGCCGUGGCAAAACACGUCUCGGAGCUGGCGCGAAAGCUCGAGGUGCAGAUUUUGCGCUCUGAGGAGGCCCGGUCCCCGCACCUCCUUGAAGAUUUUGGCGACGGUGACAGCACUGGCGACGACGGCUCUGCCAGGGGCAGGGUGGCAACACAGCAAAAUAAGACAAGAGGUAAUUAUGACGAAGAAGAUGCUUACGCGUGCUGUGCACUAGCACUGAAAGAACCUGAUAUGACGAACAAACUGGUGGAAGCCCUCGCAGCCCUAAAGAAAAAGCUGGAUCGUGAUGUCCGCAGAUUCGUUUCAGACGAAAUGGAAGAAAAUCAGGAUGUCCUGGCAGCUAUCACGCUGCACGACAACGAGUCCCUGUUGGCUGCCUUUCGCCGACUACUUGAGUCAGCAGAGAAUUCCCGCAGUCUACUCGAUAAUUUGAUCGCGCGCGCCUCCAAUAUGGACUUCGACUUAGAACAAAAAAUACCAGGAAGGCUAGACCAGAUCAAAACGAACGAUCAGAAGGAACUGCAUGGGGAAGUAACUGCUCCACUGAGUGCUCGGCAAAGCACAGGAGCGAGGACGUUGUCAGGAGCCCGAACACCGUCGACAGCUUCUUCUUCGCCGACAGGAAACAACGACCGACAUGAGGAAGUUGUAGACACGCAAGAUGAAAUCAUUGCAGGUGGCUUUGCAGCGCCGGGGGUUCAGAGCACGACGAGCGGAAACUUCGUCUGCGCACUCACUGACGAUAAAGACACUUUUAUGUCUUCGAACCCAAAUAGAAUUACACUCACGAAUGAGUCGAACAGGGACGCACUUCGCUUCUUGUGGAAGUGUGAGCAAUGUGGUGAGCAAAUCCCGAAAGGGAACACCAACGCCCGCAGAAAUCACACGAAGAAAUGUCCGAAGCGCUUGAUCUUUUGCGACAGGGACCACUGCAGGAUGCAUGUGACUGCGGACCGGUUUGAAUAUCACCAGGAGGCAGAGUGCGAGUCCCGUGACGUGGAGUGCUCUCAGUGUGGGUACGAUAAAGUUCCCGCUUGGCGCCUGGAGGACCAUAUGCGAACAGAUUGUCCAUGUCGUCUUGUGCAGUGCGACUUGCACGCGAGCGGCUGUGCCUGGGCGGGCCCGCUCGAAGAGCGCCCCAGGCAUUAUCUAACGUGCCCAUAUGCGCCAACUGAGUGUCCACAAUGCCUGGAGGUAUUCCCCCAGCACCAGCGUGCCGCCCAUCGCUGCAAGCGUGUCGACCCCCGUGGGGAGUGCCUUAUCUGUUUCGAAUCGUGGUCCACAUUGGUUUCGAAGCGCGGCAGCCCCCCUGCAAUAUUCCUUCGCGAUGGGCGCCGUACCUGUGUCUGCAAGUCCCACAACAUCUGCCUUGGCUGCGCAGACAAAGUGACGCACACAAGCGAGAACGGAAACGCAGCGUGUCCAUUUUGCAGAAGGGAGUGCGACUCGGCGACACCACUGCCGAUAAGCUUACUACUGGGGGUUCCAGAUACCACGACUGCCAGAGCUGCAAAAGCAGGCAAAAACAAAAGGUCGCCGGAGAAUAGUUCUCCCCCUACUCGAGCGCGGCAUGAGGACAAGGCGUUUCGGUUUACGGACGUUCUCUGCCGUCCUCCGGCUGACGCCGCUUUCGGUCGUACUUUCUGGGUUUCGCCACUCGACCUGCGCUUCACGCACGACUCGGUCAAAUCCGAAUUCCGCGACUACUAUGACCCGGAUGUCAAGAAACACAGGUCGCAGCAGAGCAUCCUUGGGUCGAUCCGCGAAGUAUUGCGCAUGCAGUCUGCCGGCCUCGUUCCAUUGCGGCUUGAGUGUCUGGAUGUGUGUUGGGAAAGCGCGUCGGUGCCGCGUGGUAGCACGACACGCACACCAGGCGAAGAACAAGGCCAGAACGACCAUACGCGGCUUUUGUUUCUCGCUGGAACCGGAAAUCGCAGACUCACCAUGUGGAGGCUGCUCGCCCUAUUUCGUCCGCAUCAGUUCUCGCUCAUAAAAGUCAGGAUCGUGGACCGGGCUGACCCGCGAAUCAAAUUUGACGAAAAGUGCACAACGAAAGACGAGGGGAGGUCGAUUUAUGUGCGAGGCUGUGGGAAUGUCGGACUUGCGAAAGAUGAGAUCACUUGGAAGGAGGCGCUUGAUCUGCUUAGGGACUAA